AUGGUUCCGACUGGUUGGCCUAGUGCAGAAUGGUCGUUGGGAUUUGGAUCAUGGUUCAACAACUUUUUCUAUAGCGGCGCAGAAAAUUAUAAACCUAAAGAUCUUGCUACUAUCAAGUGUCCGUACACUGAAUAUUUUAUUUUUUCUUUCAUCAAGAGUAUGCAAAUCUCUUCUUUUUUAGCCGCCUUUAUUCGCCCUGCUUAUAAUUAUUAUUUAUACAGCAAAAUAAAACCUAAAGAUGUCACAAACAAUACAGACAAAAUAGUUACAGCAGCUCUUAGACGUAUGCAGGGCCGGAUGUUAAUUGGUGGAAUGUUUGCAUCACCUUUUUUGUUUGCCACUUCAAUUUAUUAUAAUAAUUAUACCAGGGAGAAACUUGUAAACAGAUGUUAUGAAAUUCGUCGUGAUGAGGAUAUUUUAACAACUCUUGCAUUUGGAGCUAUUGGUUGGUAUUGGAAAAGAAUCCAAGGAGCUGUCGAUGGUAUCAAUCUGGCCUUGCUAUACGCAGUUUUUCAUCAUCACAUCUCCAAAAAAUAUUUAAACCCAAUUACCCCUGAUGUUUUGACAUUACUUGGAAAAGAAAAAUAUGAGACGGUGGAGGAUGCAGAAUUUGGUAGUCAAAAGUUGUUUCAAUUUAUUAAGAAAAAAUUGGAUGAAAGAAGUGGUAAAAAUCAAAAAUUAGAAAAUAAGGAAGAGUAG